AUGAUAAAAAAAUUGGAUUUGUUUCUGCGCCAUGUUAGAAAAAAUAAGUUUGAUUCUUUUCUCAAAUUAAAAGAAUUUUUAGAAGACAAUGAAGAGACUCUACUUGAUUGCGAUAAAUCACUCUUUUUGCAGCAUUUGGACGCAUUAAAAAUCACAUUUCGUGAGUAUUUUCCCCUGCCAACAGUCAACAAUGCAUGGAUUAGAAAUCCAUACUCGAUUGCAAAUACAUCAGAAAAUGAAGGUCUGACAGCACUAGAAGAAGAACAGUUCAUAAAACUGUCAACUGAUGGUGAUUUAAAAAGUAAAUUCGAUCAGCUUGUACUUGAAGAUUUUUGGGUAUUUGUGAAAGAUUCAUAUCCGGAACUCUCAAACAAAGCCUUAAAUUUUUUGAUCCCAUUUUCUACUACAUACUUAUGCGAAACUUUAUUUUCUGCAUUAUUGUAUAUAAAAAAUAAAUAUGGAAAUAGUUUGAAAAACGUUAAAGAAGAAGUAAGGCUGAAAUUAUCCAAAAUUAAACCUAAUAUAGACAAGCUUGUCCGAGAAGUGCAAGCUCAAGGAUCACAUUAA